AGAGAAACUACAGUUGGAAGAGAAUACUGGCGUUGGCGAAGCAACGACGUCACUAGAAGAGAACCAAACAAGUAUGAACCCAGGCAAACAAGAUUAUAAACCCUCAGAUGGUCCUAGUGAGGGACAACAGGAUCAACCAACACAGAGGCGGCAGAAACAACACAGCUGUGACACGUGUCUGAAACAUUUCAGGAAGAUUUCGACACUGAGAGCGCAUCAGCGAAUCCACACUGGAGAAAAGCCUUAUCUUUGUGGCCAGUGUGAAAAGAGAUUCAGAUGUGCUAAAAGAUUGAAGGUUCAUCGGCGUAUCCACACUGGAGAAAAGCCUUAUCUUUGUUCCGAUUGUGAGAAGAGAUUCAGAUGUGCUAAAAGAUUGAAGGUUCAUCGACGUACCCACACUGGAGAAAAGCCUUAUCUUUGUUCCCAGUGUGAAAAGAGAUUCAGAUGUGCUAAAAGUUUGAAAGUUCAUCAGCCCAUCCACACAGGAGAAAAGCCUCAUCUUUGUACCUAUUGUGAGAAGAGAUUCAAAUAUUCUACAGGAUUGAGGGUUCAUCGGCGCAUCCACACAGGAGAAAAACCUCAUCUUUGUACCUAUUGUGAGAAAAGAUUCAGAUGUACUAAGAGAUUGAAGGUUCAUCGGCGCAUCCACACAGGAGAAAAACCUCAUCUUUGUACCCAUUGUGAGAAGAGAUUCAGAUGUGCUAAACAACUGAAGGUUCAUCGGCGCAUCCACACAGGAGAAAAGCCUUAUCUUUGUACCCAUUGUGAGAAGAGAUUCAGAUGUGCUAAAAGAUUGAAGGUUCAUCAGCGCAGCCACACAGGAGAAAAGCCUUAUCUUUGUACCCAUUGUGAGAAGAGAUUCAGGUGUGCUAAAAGAUUGAAGGUUCAUCAGCGCAGCCACACAGGAGAAAGCCUUAUAUUUGUGGCUAAUAUGAGAAAAGAUUCAGAAAUUCUGCAAGACUGAGGCUUCAUUGCUGUGUCCAUGUG